AUGGAAGUACACGUUAAAGAUUCCAAAGAUGCCCUGAGUGACGCAUCCGGAUUGACGAGUAUAUUUAGUGAACCCAAUGAGCUCAGAGAAGCCGAGGGCGAAUGCGGGGAAUACGCGAACUUGAGUAAAAUCAACUCGCGAGUCAGUCACCGCAGCCAUCACAGCACAAUCACUGAUGAACCACCAAAUGGUGGUUUAACUGCAUGGCUUCAAGUGGUGGCUGCUUUCAUGUGUAACGUCAAUGCAUGGGGCAUCAUCAAUUCUUUCGGUGAAUUCCAAGACUACUACAGCAAGGAGCUUCUCGCUAACGAAGGCCCUUUCCGGAUCUCAUGGAUCGGCUGCUUGACGGCUGCUAUGACCUUCGCAGGAACAGUAUUUUUUGGAGCGCUCGUCGACAAGGGGUACCAGAGAAUAAUGCUACUUGUAGCGGCAGUCGCGCAGUCUUUUUCUCUUAUGAUGCUAUCCCUCUGUAAAAACUACUGGCAAGUGAUUCUUUGUCAAGGGUUGCUAUUCGGAACUGCUGCCUCUAUGUCAUUUUUGGUUGGAAUGGGAACGGUGACGCCUUGGUUCACUACGAAGAGACCUUUAGCUGUUGGGUGUGCCGUGCUCGGCUCUUCAGUCGGAGGCACAGUGUUCUCUGCCGCAGUGCAUAAAAUGCUCCCCGAAAUUGGGUUUGGGUGGUCGUUGCGAGUUUUAGGAUUCAUUGUUCUCGCAGUAGGUAUGGUUCCGGCCCUUGUCAUCAAACCUCGUUUACCACCUCGCAAGGGUGGUAGUUUGGUUGCAUUUGAGUGCCUCGAAGAGCCCAUUUUUCUGAUGUUUUGUCUUGGCAGUUUCCUAGCAUUUUCAGGUUUCUACCAGUUCUACUUUUACUUUCAGUCAUGGGCAACACACAUUGAUCCCACAUCAGAAGUCUUGCCUUACCUUACUGCUAUCAUGAAUGCUUGCUCCAUUGUAGGCCGGUUGGCACCUUCAGUCCUUGUCCAACGUAUCGGCGCAUAUAAUGUACUCAUGCUCACCGAGCUUUUAUCCGCUGCGUUGAGUUUCGCGUGGAUGGGGGCAAAGACACGAGGAAGUACUCUAACAGUUGGUAUCAUUUUUGCCAUGGUGAGCGGACCAAUUGUAGCAAUGCCACCAAUCAUUGUGUCCAUUUUAACGCCAAAUAUGAAUCGCAUCGGUGUUCGACUGAGCUUUGCCUUUCUUUGUAUCGGUGGAGGCUGCUUAAUUGGUGCACCCUUCACUGGUAUGCUCAUCCGUAAAUAUGGCUGGAUCUAUGGCCAGCUGUUUUGUGCGCUAACCUGGGUCUUGGGCUUGAUUUGCAUUUUCGGUAGUCGUUGCCUGUACACGAAAGGCAAACUUACUUGGAAAGCAUAA